AUGUUAUGGUACCAAAAUAUCGCAACAUUGCUGUCGCAGUUCGUUCUUCCUCUCCUUGUGCUAUGUGUUCUGAAUUUACAAGUAGCGCGCACGAUUCUGCGGGCCACAGAACAACGACGUGAACUUGUAGCAUCUGAGAAACGUGAACAUAGUACAGCCAAAAUGAUGAUUUUCGUCGUCAUAGUAUUCCUUGUGUGCUACACGUUCUCAUUCAUUCUCAACGUCGCCGAGAUACUAUUUUCGGCGUUGUUUCGACAUCCAAUAGGAUACUUAUUGAAUGAUAUCAAUAAUAUACUGGUAGUAGUGAACACAUCAUCGCCCUUUAUGUUCUAUGUGAAAUACUCAACGAGAUAUCGCAAUCAGCUUCGUACGAUAUAUGGUAUUCGAUGGAUAUGUGCACGGUUGAAAUUCACCAAACGGAAGCGAAAGCAGAAACGAUCUAACGAACGCCUGGGCCCCCUCAAUAUUCGGGGUAAAAUCGUUCGAGAAGUGCCGACUUGCAUAACAAGUAUAGAGAACGGAUUUACGGUGCUAGAGGAAAACACGACAAAGGAAAAAUCAUGA